UAUUCCUGCGCGCCGCCCGCGCAUACCACGGAGGAAUAAUCACCGAAAAACCAUAUCCCCGUAGACUUUAAUGCAAAAUUGAAUUUGCUCGUGUUUAUGUACUUCACUUUUCAACUUUUUUGUCCACGUUUUUCUCUUGCACCACUUAACCAAUUCAACCGGAUGACACAGUUGACUAUUUUUGCUUUAGCGUGAAAUUUACUCGCUGGCGUUAGGUUAGGUGCCAAUCAAACAGACCUAGUAUAGAAAUUACAAGUAAAGAGUAAUUUCCAGAAUGAAGCCUGUUCAAACAAUAACACUUCAAUUCAUAAGAACAUACAGGGGUAGAUUAGCAUCUGCUGGUAUCCGAAGCAAAGUAAAACUACUAACAGAAGACAAAGAGUCUAAAAUUAAACUUGAAGAUUUGAAUGAGGGCGAUCCAGAAAUAUAUGAACUUGAUUUUGUAAAUGCUGAUGAAUCUAGUGCAAGGCAUGACAGAAAAGUAGAAAAAUCUGCAAAGCUUUUGCCACAUCGUAUUACCAAAAGCAAAUAUUUUAAAGAGCUAGAGCCAAGUUUCCUUACAUUUGUUGAAAAAAAUGAAAUAAAGAAAUUACACGAUAGCGAUCCAGAAGAAUGGACUCCGGAAAAGCUGAGCCAAAGUUUUCCAGCUUUACCACACGCUAUAAAAAAAGUUCUAAAGUCACAUUGGGUACCAAAGUCAGUAGAUGCAAUAAUCAGGUAUGAUAGUAAAGUUAUUGAAAACUGGAAAAAUUUUAAAACUGACAAAUUGGUAGUAAGUCCUGCUUUGAAAGAGCAUUUGAUGAAAUUCAGACAGAGGAAAAUAAGCUUACUUGAUAGAGAGUCACUUGAAAAGUUUAUUCCUCCUCCUAUAGUACUUCCAAAACCAAAAAGUAAUUUUUUUUCACGUAUGAUAGAAGAAAAAACAGACAAUACUCAACAUGAAUGCAGUGAACAAUCAGUUUCUUUGAAGAACACUGAAAGACACCUAAUCACAGAUGGAAAGAAAACUAUGGAAACAUAUACAGAAAAAGGCAAUAAUUACAGUCAAGUAGCACUCAGUAAAAGAGUACAUAAUGAAAGAAGUGAAAAGUUAAUGUUCACUGAUUUUAUGAAAAAGAAAUUGGACAAUUUAGAUGAAACAUCUCCAGAAGAAAGGGAAGUACUGUUGAGUACCUAUAGAAAACACAUAGAAACUGUAAAUGUAGAAGAUGUAAGUAAGAAUAUAUCAGAUAAUGAUACAAAAUGUAAAACUAAUGAAAAGGAUGUUGUUAAAGAAAAUUUGUCCAAAAACAAUGCUUCAACAGUCCAAAGUAAAAAUGAGUCUGCAAUAGAAGUUAAAAAAGAUAUGUCUAAAAACAAUACUUUAUCAGUCCAAAGUAAAAAUGAAUCUGAAGUGGAAGUUAAAAAAGAUUUGUCCAAAAACAAUGCUUUAGCAGUUCAAAGUAGCAGGCAAUCAGAAAUAGCAGUAGAAACCCGUGUGGAGUACAAAGGUUUAGAAACUUAUGUUAAAGAAAGAGUCUCAUUAAUGGAUACGAACUUCGAUUACAUAAAACGUAUAAAAAUUCCUAAAAAUGCAUUUAAGAAAGGUAUGACGUACAGAAUAAAAGACUGCUACUAUGACGAUGAUGGAGAAUUUUUAUAUAGAACACCUGGAUUAAAAACUUAAGCAAUCUUCGUUUAGUACAAAACAUGUAUAUGCAUUGUGGUCAUAGCUUUAUUUUUAGACUCUGAAAAAAUGUUGUACAUAUAUGUUAAUCUUUAAAAUAAGGUACAGCUAAGUAUUUAAUGUUAAAAAUAUGUUGUACUCAUUGUAUGAUUUUGUACAAAUAAAUGGAUAUAUGAAGUUA